UAGCGUCCGUAGCUUUAAAUAAAUAAAAUAAUAGUAUUAACUUUAAGCUUUAUGUCUAAUCUAACGACCAGUAGCAUUAACUAAACAAACAGUGAAUUUAUUUAUUGAAUUCCAGUGCCUUGUUCGAUUUAUAAGUAAAAACCUAUAUCUACUGUACAUAAAGAAUGUUGCAAUCAUUGGUGUUUGGUGGACGGAGGGCGGCUGAUAGAUACAAACUUUCAAAUUUAUUAUUUCAUGUCAGAACUAUGUCAGCAGUACAUAAAGACACCACUUUCUUUUUCAGACAGUUAUUUGAUACGGUGAGUAGCACAUAUACAUAUUUACUUGGAGAUAAGAAGACUGGUGAAGCGGUCCUCAUAGAUCCAGUUUUAGAACACGCCGAGAGGGAUGCUAAGUUAAUAGAGGAACUUGGCUUUAAACUCAUUUAUGCUAUGAACACACACAUGCACGCCGACCAUAUAACCGGCACUGGGAAGUUGAAGUCAAUUGUACCGGGUACUAAAAGCGUCAUAGGCAAGGAUUCGGGUGCCCAAGCCGAUAUCCACCUGCUCGACGGUGACCUGGUGCGGUUCGGGAGCCACGAACUCCUCGCUGCUGCGACUCCGGGCCACACUAAUGGAUGCUUGACUUACAUAUGUCACGAACAGUCAUUGGCGUUCACUGGUGACACCCUCUUGAUCCGGGGUUGCGGCCGCACCGACUUCCAGGAGGGUAACUCUGAGACCCUCUACAAAUCGGUCCACAAUAGAAUAUUCACUUUGCCCGACGAGUACGUGCUGUAUCCCGCGCACGAUUAUCGAGGGCAGACAGCGACCUCUGUGGCCGAGGAGAAGAAAUACAAUCCCAGAUUGACGAAGUCGCUUGCCGAGUUCGUUGAGAUCAUGGAUAAUUUGAAUUUGCCGUAUCCGAAAAUGAUAAAUAAAGCGGUGCCGGCAAACCGUGUGUGCGGAUUAUUUUGAAGCUAAAUAAUACAGCAGACAAAAUUAAGAGAAAUAAAUCAACGAACAAAUUUUAUAUUUUGUGUAUUUUUCUGUGAAUAAUUCGGUUUGAAAAAUAAUUUGAAAAGUAAUGAAAUAAAUUGUUUGUGGUAUAAGUAUAAAAUGAUAAUUAAUGUCUGUGAUAAAAUAAUUAUGUGAUUUAGCAAUUAAAUUAUGCUUUUUUUGUUCUAUAUUAAAUUUGAGACAAUGUACAAACGGAAAUUAGACUCUCUUUUUUUGUAUAAUCUAAAAUGUAAUUUGUAUUGUUUCAUGUGUAUUUGUUUAGUUUCUUAUAUGACUGUCACUAAAUGCAUAAAAAAUACUUAAACUUAUUACAAACUAUUAGCGCGCCACCUGUCGGCCUCUAUGUUAAUUGUACUGCCAUUACAAAUACAUAAUUCAACGCUUGAAAGGCAAACGUGACUAAGCGACAAUAACUGCUUUGUACAUAAAUGAUAGGCAAUAACCAUAUUCAAU